AUGGGAGAAACUUUUGUGGUUGAAUGCUCGGCUGUGAAUUCGGCAUUCAUCAACGACACCGACUUAAAUGUGGCUUUUCUGGAAAUCGAGCUUUAUGCUCCUCAUUUCCAACAGGCUGAUAGUUUUAUUGCUCUCGCAUUUUCAGACACGGCACAGAUGAAAGACAGUUUUGUUGCUGAAUGCUCUGCCAUUGGUGAACCAACAAUGACAGCUAAACUUUCGUACAAUAAUGAUGGGCCAAAUAAUGAGCGAAUUACGGAUGUAAAGUUUGGCGAGAUUUUGACUGGUUUUACUGUACUUGAAGAAAAUGGAUUUGUUUAUUGUAAAUUUGUGCAACAACUCAAUGGAAAUAUAACAGAAAACAAUAAAAUCUAUCACUAUCAAAAUGGAGAUAAAAAACAUAUUCUUUUGGCAAGAGGUCGAACAAAUAGUGGAGGACUUAGAAAGCAUGCUGAUGGUGAUAGAGCAGCCACUGAAGAUGCUAUUGAUUUGAGUGCAAUUCAAAGUAUUAAGCCACCACCAUCGACAGCAUGGAGAAAAAGAUUAAUAAAAGCACAUGCUAUAAUGAUGGUUCUCGCUUGGUUUUGUUUUGUGCCAACAGCCGUUUUCUUUGCUCGUUUUAUGAGAGAUGCUUGGCCCGAUUAUAAACCAAUGGGACUUCUCAUUUGGUUCCAUGUUCAUCGAACGUGCAAUACGCUUGGAAUUGUUUUGAUGAUUGCUUCCUUGAGUUGCAUUCUAUCAGCGUAUGAUUGGAAAUGGACAGGACCUGGAAGCAAUGUCAAAAAAUAUUCUCUUCAAAAUUGGAUGAAACCGCAUACAGCAAUCGGAUUAUCGGCUGUCAUCUUGGCUUUCAUUCAACCUUUCAUUUCGGCUAUUAGAUGUGAACCAAAGAAUCCUCGGCGACCAUAUUUUAAUUGGAUUCAUCGGUUGAUUGGCGUUGCCGCGAUGAUUUGCGCGACCACGGCCUUUGGAUUUGCAUCAUACAAUGCAUUGACACAUGUCGGAAAAGCUUUCUACAUUGUUCUUGAAAUUCUUCCAUUCACAUGUCUCCUCGUUUUAUCGGUAUUUUUCUUGUUUAUGGAACGAGCUGUUGAAGUGACUCCGCAUAACUUAUUGACGGUUCGUCGAUUGCGCUAUUCAUCAGUUCUGAGAAUGUCAGCCCCUCCAGUGUACAGUGCUCAACCACAACAACAAUAUUAUAAUCCAUAUGGAGCACCACAAGCUGUACCCGUUGGUGGAGGAGCUUAUCCGGCCGGCCAUUAUCCCCCGCCACCUGGUGCACAACCACACAUUGUCUAUCAUCAACCACAACAUGUUGUAGUUGUCGAUGAUUGCCACUCGCAUCACCAUCAUCACCAUAAUGAUGAGGCGGCGGCGUGUUGUGGAUUGGCUUGUCUUGCAUGUUGUGCCGGAUGCUGUUUGGCCAGCCUCUUCUCU